AUGCUGCCAAUGCAGCAACAGCAGGACAAUCUCGAUAUUCGCGACUCGACUAACACACGCAGGCAUGGCCGCCCACCGCUUUCUGCAGAGGCACUCCUCUCCUCUGCGCGCUUCACUCUAUCUCUCCUGCCUAUCCGACUUGCGCACCGCAUUCAAGCUCUACGGAAUUUGCCUUACAUAGUUGUUUCGAACCCAAACAUCAGCAGGAUCUACAACAACUACCAGCACUCGCUGUCGACCCUGCUGCCCUGGAAGGAGCGCACCAUCUCGAACCUCGAGGACGAGAUCCGCUUCACCGAGGUGCUCGCUGAGCUGGUGGCGACGCACACGGACACGAUCCCGAUCCUGGCGCGCGGCUUCCUCGAGUGCCGCAAGUACAUCUCGCCGGCGGAGGUGACGCGGUUCCUCGACGAGCACCUGCGGGCGCGCAUCGGCACGCGGCUGAUCGCCGAGCAGCACAUUGCGCUGCACUUCAGCAGCCAGCCGCACUUUGACCCGCAGGCCUCGCCGACGCCCUGCCCGGACCACCCCUCGUACAUCGGCGUCAUCGACACGGCCCUGCGGCCGGCCGACAUCAUCAACAGCUGCGGCGGCUUCGUCGCGGACAUCUGCGAGCUCAAGUACGGCGUGCGCCCGGACUGGCUCAUCGACGGCGAGCCCGACACCACGUUCGCGUCCGUCCCCAUGCACCUCGAGUACAUCGUCACCGAGCUGCUCAAGAACGCCUUCCGCGCCACCGUCGAGAGCCGCAUGAACAAGGAGACGGUCGUCGUCACCAUCGCCCCCGAGCCCCCGAACCCCCUGCCGCAGCACCGCCACGACCAGGGCGGCUCGGGCUCGGUGCGGCUGGACCCGCCCAGGGAGGACCGCGGCGUGUUCAAGGCGGACGCGAUCCGACCGCUGGACGACAACGCGCCGGGCGUGACGAUCCGCAUCAGGGACCGGGGCGGCGGCAUCAGCCCGGAGGUGCUGCCCAACAUCUGGUCGUAUUCGUUCACGACCUUCUCCGAGGAGGACGACGUCCCGGGCGGCAGCAUCGAUGCGCUGAACGUGAUCUCGAAUGCAAACAAUGGGCAAAGCUCCAUCGCGGGCUUGGGGUACGGUCUGCCCCUGAGCAGGGCUUAUGCCGAGUAUUUUGGCGGGGGCAUCGCCGUGCAGAGCCUGUACGGCUGGGGAACAGACGUCUACCUUAGACUCAAGGGCGUUGGUAAGAUAGAGUGA